UUAUGCAAAUGCCCUGGUGUCAAGUCACCCACUCUGCAGUGAGGCAGGCACUGUCACUUCACAGCCAUGGGGCUCUGGACAAGGACGCCCUGGGCCCUGUUCCUCCUGCUGCAGAUCCUGGCUGGGACAGCUGAGCCGGCUGAGAACUUGGACUUCUUCUUGCCUGGCGACUACCUCCUGGGUGGCCUCUUUACCCUCCAUGCCAACGCACAGGGCACUUCCCACCUCACCGUCCUGCAGGUGCCCAAGUGCCAGGAGUACGACAUGAAGGUGCUGGGUUACAACCUCAUGCAGGCCAUGCGCUUCGCGGUGGAGGAGAUCAACAACCACAGCAGCCUGCUGCCUGGCGUGCAGCUGGGCUAUGAGAUAGUGGACAUCUGCUACCAAACCAAUAAUGUCCAGCCUGUACUCUACUUCCUGGCAAAGACAGACUACUUCCUGCCCAUCAACAGGGACUAUAGCUCCUAUGAACCUCGUGUGGUGGCUGUCAUUGGCCCUGACAACUCUAAAUCCACCAUAACUGUGGCCAACUUCCUCUCCCUCUUUCUCCUUCCACAGAUCUCCUACAGCGCCAUCAGUGACCAGCUACGCAACAAGCAGCGCUACCCCGCCAUGCUGCACACCAUGCCCAGCGCCACUCACCACAUCGAGGCCAUGGUGCAGCUGAUGCUUCAGUUCCGCUGGAACUGGAUUGUGGUGCUGAUGAGCAAUGACGACUAUGGCCGUGACAACAGCCAGGUGCUCCGAGACCGCCUGGCCCGCAGCAACGACAUCUGCAUCGCUUUCCAGGAGGUGCUGCCCAUGCCGCAGCCCGAUCAGGUCGCGACGGCUGCAGAGCUGAGGCAGCUGGAGGGCAUCCUGCUCAAGCUGAAGCAGGCCACAGCGCGCAUCGUGGUCGUGUUCUCUCCUGAGCUGGCGCUGCACAACUUCUUCCAUCAGGCGCUGCACUGGAACGUCACCGACAUGGUGUGGAUUGCCUCCGAAUCCUGGGCCAUAGACCCGGUCCUGCACAAUCUUAGCGGGCUGCAGAACACUGGGACCUUCCUUGGCAUCACCAUCCAGGAGGUGCCCAUGCCUGGCUUUAGUGAGUUCCGCGUGCGCCGCCCCAAGGCCCUGCCCGCGCAGCCACCCAACAAGAGCAGACCGCGGGGCACUUGCAACCAGGAAUGCGACGCCUGCUUGAACGUCACCAGGUCCUUCAACACCAUCCUCACGCUCUCUGGAGAGCGUGUGGCCUACUGCGUGUACUCGGCCGUCUAUGCCGUGGCACAUGCCUUGCACAGCCUCCUGCGCUGCAGCUCUUAUUACUGCAGGAAGGAACCCGUCUAUCCUUGGCAGCUGCUGAAAGAGAUUCAGAAGGUCAACUUCCCCCUCCUGGGAAACCAGAUUUUUUUUGACAAGCAAGGGGAUGUACCCCUGCGCUUGGACAUCGUCCAGUGGCAGUGGCACCUGAGCCAGAAUCCUUUCCAGAGUGUCGCCUCCUAUGACCCCAUGCAGCAGCAGCUGAAGAUCAUUGGCAACAUCUCUUGGCACACCUAUGACAACACGAUACCUACGUCCAUGUGCUCCAAAAACUGCCAACUGGGACAGAUCAAGAAGAGCGUGGGCAUCCACCCCUGCUGCUUUGAGUGCAACGACUGCCUGCCGGGCACCUUCCUCAACCAGACCGCAGAUGAAUAUGAGUGCCAGCCCUGCCCGAGCACCAUGUGGUCCAACAGGAAGGACACCUCCUGCUUCAAGCGGAAGCUGGCCUUUCUCGAGUGGCAUGAGGCACCCACCAUCAUUGUGGCUGUGCUGGCCGUCCUGGGCUUCCUCAGCACGCUGGCUGUCCUGGUCAUAUUCUGGAGGCACUUCCAGACGCCCAUGGUCCGCUCAGCUGGGGGUCCCAUGUGCUUUCUGAUGCUGAUGCCUCUGCUUCUGGCAUUCGGGAUGGUGCCCAUGUAUGUGGGGCAGCCCACGGUCCUCACCUGUAUCUGCCGCCAGGCCUUCUUCACAAUCUGCUACUCUGUGUGCAUCUCCUGCAUCACCGUGCGCUCUUUCCAAAUUGUGUGCAUCUUCAAGAUGGCCAGCUACCUCCCACGUGCCUAUGGCUUCUGGGUCCGCUACCACGGGCCCUAUGUCUUUGUGGCGAUCAUCAUAGUACUCAAGGGGAUUCUUCUAGCAAGCAACAUGCUGACCACCACCAUCAACCCCAUUGCCCACACUGACACUGAAGACCCCAACAUCAUGAUCCUCUCCUGCCACCCCAACUAUCGCACUGGGCUGCUGUUCAACUCCAGCAUGGACUUGGUCCUCUCCAUAAUGGGCUUCAUCUUUGCCUACUUGGGCAAGGAGCUGCCAACCAACUACAAUGAGGCCAAAUUCAUCACCCUCAGUAUGACCUUCUCCUUCACCUCCUCCAUCUCCCUCUGCACCUUCAUGUCUGUCUACAAUGGGGUAUUGGUCACCAUCAUGGACCUCUUGGUCACUGUGCUCAACUUCCUGGCCAUCAGUUUGGGGUACUUUGGCCCCAAGUGCUACAUGAUCCUCUUCUACCCAGAGCGCAACACAGCAGCCUACUUCAACAGCAUGAUCCAGGGCUACACCAUGAGGAAGGACUAGUGCCACCCCCUGACCCUGGGAUGGAGCCCUUGUGCCGAGAGGUGGGGCCAGGGCCUUGGUCGUUCAACUCUAAAAGAAUGAACACAGGGCAGUCACCUUGCUGUUCUCCUGUCUGGCAUUCCUCUGAGGUUCUCUGCAGCCUGGCCAUUUUUACUCACUUAAGUAAUGGGUGCCUAAAAAUAUCCACAUUCCAUUCAUGUCCCUUGAGCUGUUUCUCUUGUCAGGUGCUGCCACCCUCUUUGGGAAGAAAUGACCCAAGGUGACCUAUUGGUCUCCAAGGACAAAGUCUGAUUGAAUAGCCUGUAGCUGCCAUCUGGCGGCAGUCACAGGAGGUACCUGCAGUUCCAGCUCAGCCCCUUCAUGCAUGUUCAUACUGGAGGUCUGGGCUGGGGUUGGUGUGAUCUUGGAGCAUGCUACCUGGCAUCAUUCCCCACUGGUCUCACACUUUGGUGUCUCACUUCCCCUUCCUGAAGAGCUUAGUCCCGGGCUUCUGUGUUCCUGUGAAUAGAUGGGUGAGCAUGGGGAUGCUUCUUAAGUGCUUGCGAAUAAACCUCA